ACAACUUUUUGACAGACAUGCCUUGCGCAGUCAGAUGAUUUGUUAGCAGUAUUUAUUCAAUAAAUACUUUGUUUCUUAAGUAAAAUAUGAUUGAAUUUAGUGUUUAAAUAAAUACUCAAGAUGCCUAAAGAGCAAUAUCGUGAAACAGACGUCGGAAGAAAAAUCUCCCACGUCACGUUCAACGUGGACAGUGGGUCAGCCAUCCAGCAGGCGGCGCACAUCCGAGUGAUCACCAAGAACCUGUACGCUCAAGAUGGGCAGCGAGUGCCUGCUGCUUACGGAGUGCUGGAUAGGAGGAUGGGCACAAACCAGAAGAACGCCAACUGUGACACAUGCGGCCUGGGCCUGGCGGAGUGUGUCGGCCACUUUGGCUACAUAGAACUGGCAUUGCCCGUCUUCCAUGUUGGCUACUUCCGGUCCAUCAUUACUAUACUGCAGACCAUCUGCAAGGAAUGUUCAAAAGUAAUGCUCCAAGAGAACAUCAAAAAGAACUUCCGCCGGAAAUUCCUCAACCCUGACCUCUCCUACUUACACAAGAAAGCUCUCCGAGCAGCCGCUCUGAAGAAAGCCAAAACCUGCACCAAAUGCCCUUCCUGCGAAGCCCUCAACGGUAUAGUGAAGAAGAGUUCAGCGGGGAUCUUGAAGAUUAUCCAUGAUAAGUACAGGACAAAGAAGCCGACGGACCCGGUGGUGCAGAAGGUGUUGAGGCAGUUCAAUGAGGCGAAGCAGUCAAAUAAGGAGCUGGCGACUAUGGUACAGAGCGGGCUGAUUAUUGAGCUUAGCCCUUUGCAGGUACUGAACCUGUUCCGUCGCAUCCCCGAUGAAGACAUCCCACUCCUCGGCAUGAACGCCAAGAUCUCCCGCCCUGAGGACCUGAUCCUGACGCGGCUGCCCGUGCCGCCGCUGUGUAUCCGGCCCAGCGUGGUCUCCGACAUCAAGGCGGGCACGAAUGAAGAUGACCUGACCAUGAAGCAAUCGGAGAUCCUCCUAAUCAACGACGUGAUAGCGCGGCACAUAGCCAGCGGCGGCAAGAGCGAGCUUGUGCAAGAGGACUGGGACUACCUGCAGCUGCAUGCUGCGCUUUAUAUCAACAGCGAGAUGUCUGGCAUCCCGCUCUCUAUGCAGCCUAAAAAACCCGGCCGCGGUCUAGUGCAGCGGCUGAAAGGCAAGCAAGGGCGCUUCCGAGGCAACUUGUCCGGCAAGCGCGUUGACUUCUCAAGCCGGACCGUUAUCUCUCCGGACCCUAAUCUGCAGAUACAGGAGGUCGGCGUCCCAGUCCACGUAGCCAAGAUCCUAACCUACCCGGAGCGGGUGUUCCCGGCCAAUCUCCACUGGCUUCGUCAACUAGUCCGCAACGGGCCCGACCACCACCCCGGAGCUAACUACGUCCAGCAGCGAGGCCUGCCGCACAAGAAGUACCUCAAGUAUGGCAACCGGGAGAAAAUCGCGCAGGAACUCAAGUGCGGCGACAUCGUGGAGCGCCAUCUAGUGGACGGCGACGUCGUGUUGUUCAACCGGCAGCCCUCGCUUCAUAAACUGUCCAUCAUGUGUCACAAGGCGAAGGUGCAGCCGCAGAGGACCUUCAGGUUCAACGAGUGCGUGUGUACACCUUACAACGCUGAUUUCGACGGCGAUGAGAUGAACAUGCAUUUGCCGCAGACUGAAGAAGCUAGGGCUGAAGCGCUUAUUCUUAUGGGGAACAAGUCCAACCUCGUGACUCCGCGCAACGGCGAACUCCUAAUCGCAGCCACGCAAGACUUCAUCACCGGCGGCUAUCUCAUCACUCAACGCGACACUUUCUUCACGAGAGAAGAGGCUCAGCAGUUAGCUGCGUGCCUACUGGCCGGGCCUGAUGCCACUAUGAAGAUAGACAUGCCACCACCGGCCAUACUGAAGCCUAGGAGGUUAUGGACUGGGAAGCAGAUAUUCAGUUUGAUCCUGAAACCCAACAAGCGGUGCGAGGUAAAGGCGAACUUAGAAACAAAAGGAAAGAACUACACCAGCAACAAGGACAUGUGCGUACAAGAUUCAUAUGUAAUAAUCCGCAACUCGGAGCUGAUCUGCGGCUCUAUGGACAAGAGCACACUCGGCUCGGGCACCAAAAGCAGCAUCUUCUACAUUCUGCUCCGGGAUUGGGGCGAGGAGCACGCCGUUAGAGGCAUGUGGAGAUUGGCACGCAUGGCGUCCUACUACAUGAUGAACCGUGGCUUCAGCUUCGGCAUCAGCGACGUGACGCCAGGCCGACGUCUCAUCGAGGCCAAGAACCGCCUCCUGGAGUCCGGUUACUCCAAAUGCGAUGCCUACAUCCUGGAGAUGGAGAAGGGGACGCUGCAGUGCCAACCCGGCUGUAGUAUGGAGGAGUCGCUCGAGGCGGUCAUGCUGAGCGAACUGAGCAGCAUCAGAGAGUUGGCUGCUAAAGCGUGUUUCCGCGAGUUGCAUCCAACCAACGCACCUCUUAUUAUGGCGCAGAGCGGAUCUAAAGGGUCGAAUAUCAACAUAUCGCAGAUGAUAGCCUGCGUGGGCCAGCAGGCGCUGAACGGCAAGCGAGUGCCCAACGGAUUCGAAGACCGCUCGUUACCACACUUCGAGAGACACUCCAAGAUCCCGGCCGCUCGUGGCUUCGUAGAGAACAGCUUCUACUCCGGCCUUACACCGACCGAGUUCUUCUUCCACACGAUGGGUGGAAGAGAGGGCCUGGUCGACACCGCCGUAAAGACGGCCGAGACUGGGUAUCUGCAGCGUCGAUUAGUCAAGUCAUUAGAAGACCUAGUCCUCCACUACGACAUGACGGUCCGAAACGCGUCCGGCGAAGUGAUACAGUUCAAAUACGGCAGCGACGGACUCGACCCCAGCUACAUGGAGGCCCAGGGCCAACCCGUCGACCUGCCGCGCGUGUUACAAGACGUCCGGGCACAGAACCUGCACAGGGACGAGGAACCUCUGGAUGGUGACGGCAUCGUGGUGGCGGCGGAAGAGACCCUAGCCUUGGAUGAUUUCAAAACGUGCACGCAGGAAUUCAAGAAUGAACUCUUGGCGUUCCUUAAAACCAUAGCCAACAAGGUCCGUUGCCUCCGCACCAACUACGCCCACUGCGGCGCCAUCGUGUACCAGCUGGAGCGGCUCACGCUCACGCAGCUCGUGAAGUUCAUCCGAGUGUGCCACGACAAGUACCAGCGGAGCAUCAUAGAGCCUGGCACUGCUGUCGGGGCACUUGCCGCACAGAGUAUCGGAGAGCCCGGCACGCAGAUGACCCUGAAAACCUUCCACUUCGCGGGCGUCGCCUCCAUGAACAUCACCCAGGGCGUGCCCCGAGUCAAGGAGAUCAUCAACGCUUCGAAGAACAUCUCGACUCCCAUCAUCACGGCUGAGUUGGUGCAGCCACUCGACCAAGAGUUCGCCAGACGAGUUAAAGGAAGACUAGAGAAGACCACGUUAGGAGAGAUAACAACGUACAUCGAAGAAGUGUACCUGCCCAACGAAUGUUUCUUGCUCAUUCGACUUGACGCGGAACGUAUCCGUCUGUUGUCGCUCGAAGUCAACGUUGAUUCCGUAGUUUACUCCAUAUGCACAUCGAAGUUAAAAGUGAAGCCGGGCAACAUAGAAGUAGUGUCGGACUGGGCUAUCAAAGUUAUUGCCGAGCCGAGCAAACACGGCGGCUGGCUCAACAUGUCGCUUCAACAACUGGCGCGACAACUGCCCAUCGUCGUCGUUAAAGGACUUCCACAGGUGGCGCGUUGCGUGAUAGCUUGCGACGACACAGGUGGCGAUGUAAAAUACAAAUUGUGUGUGGAGGGCGACGGACUAAGAGACGUGAUGGCGACAUACGGCAUCGAUGGCAGGAAGACCACAUCUAACAACAUAUUGGAGGUGUACCAUACGCUAGGCAUCGAAGCAGCCAAGUCUACGAUCAUCAGUGAAAUCCAAGCCGUCAUGGCGGGCCACGGCAUGAGCGUGGACCGACGGCAUGUGGAACUGCUAGCCGGUCAGAUGACGGCGCGGGGCGAAGUGCUGGGGAUCACACGCUACGGGUUAGCGCGGAUGAAGGAUUCAGUGCUCAAUCUGGCUAGUUUCGAGAAGACCGCAGACCACCUCUUCGACGCAGCAUACUACGGGCAGCAGGACUGCAUCAGCGGCGUCUCCGAGUCCAUCAUCCUGGGCGUGCCGUGCUCCAUCGGGACUGGAGUGCUGCAACUACUGCAUGCUCCAGCUCCUGAACCGCCUAGAACGCCGAGGGAACUACUGUUUGACCGUCCCGAGUAUCAUACAUCCAUAUGGGAAUAGGUCUCUA